AUGUCGCGGAUUGUAGUGAGCCUCUUCUUCCUGUUCUCGUGCGUUACAAGUGCACCUCCCACCGUGAAGCUCGACGAUGCGACUUUCAUCGGCUUCAACGCCGGUCUCAAUGUCCGUUUUCUAGGCAUCCCAUUUGCCAAACCUCCAGUCGGCGCUCUACGGCUGCAGCUUCCCCAGGCGAUUUCGUACUUCAGCGGAGUGAUCAACGCAACCAGCUUCGGCAACCAGUGCAUCCAACAAACCAUUAUCACGCCCAAUGUGCCCUCCAACUUCCCUCCCGAGGUCGAAGCGUUCAUAGCGCCCACGGCGGCACCUCCGGACGUUCCUCAGAGCGAAGAUUGCGCUGCUUGUUCAGGUCUCAACACCAACGUUGUCGUCCCUGCAGGUGCAAAGCCUGGAGACAACUUCCCUGUGGCUGUAGUGAGAGGAUAUGUGAUCGGCUCCAACGCCGUACAACCUGGUGAAACCAUCGUGAAUCGAUCCAUCGAGCUCGGCCAGCCCGUCAUCUUCGUUUCGAUGAACUACAGAUGCAUUCGGUCAGAGUUGAACGUACCAACAGCCUUCGGUUUCCUCGGUGGGAGCGAUAUUCAACAAGCUGAAUUGGGUAAUCUCGGUCUGCAAGACCAACGAGAGGCGUUGUGCUGGGUUCAGAAGCACAUCGCGGCCUUCGGGGCGACCCAUCCAAACUUUGGCGAAAGUGCCGGAAGCCAAGCCGUUCUGUUCCAGAUGGUCUCUUCUGCGGGAUGGAAGGAGUCCGGUUCCGUCCUUCCCACAGACGACUUUGAAAAUCCGCAGCCCAGUUUUAACCUCAUCGUCAGCGAAACGGGAUGCGCAGGAGCGAAAGAUAGUUUGGCGUGUCUCCGUAGAGUGUCCGCAGAGGCGAUCUACGCUGCGAUGGAUAAGACGCCGACGUUCCUUUUCCCACAGGCAUUGAACACACCGUGGAUGCCGCAUACAGAUGGCGUGUUCUUGAAAGAUGAUCCCCAAAAGCUCGUCCUGGAUGGGAGCAUUGCAAACACUCCCUUCGUCGUUGGCUCUUGCGAAGACGAGGGGACACUGUUCUCCCUCGCACCUCUCAACAUCACUGGUACGGCGACUCAACUCGCAGCAGUCCUGAAGUCAAACUACUUCCCGGCCGCCUCCGACGCCGACAUACAGCGCCUGCUCGAGCUCUACCCCGCCGAUCGCGCCGCAGGCUCUCCGUUCGGCACAGGCGACGCGAACGCGUUCACACCCGGGUACAAACGCCUCGCUGCGUUCCAGGGCGACUUCAUCUUCCGUGCGCCUGCACGCUUCCUGCUCGAGCAGCGCGCUAGCAAGCAGGUCGCGCGCUCGUUUCGUGAGAUCCCCGGGUUCGGCGCGACACACACGACGGAGCUCUCCAAUAUCUUCGGGGGCGGAGACUUGGCCGACUUCUUCGUCCGCUUCGUCAACACCCUCGACCCGAGCGGCGACGGCGCGCUCGACUGGCCGGUGUACACCACCGCCGCGCCGCUCGUUAUCGCCUUGCAGGAGGGCGCCGGCGUGCCGCCUCUCGCGCUCGUCAAGGACACGUUCCGGAGGGAGGCGACGGCGUUUGUAACGCAGCUCGGCCUCGCACACCCGCUGUGA